AUGGAAAAGAAAAGUGAAGUUUGUUUAGAUAAGUACAAAGAGUUAAUAAAAUUUGAAAAGACAAAUAAAGAUGAAUUUAAGGAUGAUGAAAAAUGUUUAUUUAUAAGAAAAGAAAUAUUUGAUCAUGCAAUUAUUUAUACUAGUAAUAAAAUUGAUGAAAACUCUUUAAUGAAUUAUUUAAAAAAUUUAUAUGCAUAUUUUAAAAAAAAACAUGAAAAUAAUAAUUGUGAAAGAAAUAAAAAUGAUGAAAUUUAUAUAAGUCUUGAAGAUUGGUUAGAAUAUAAUGAAUUAAUAAAAAAUCAAGAUAAUGUUGUAUAUUUACUUUUUAGUUGUAAUAUUUGUAAAUCUUUAUGGAUAUUAUUAAGUAUAACUUUACAAAGUAUAAGAAAAAAAAAUAAUUUAAAAAAACAAAAAACAAUUUUUAAUUGCACUUAUGAAAAAUUAAACAUACGAGAGCUAAGUGGGAGUCGAGGGAAGUCGGACGCAAGUGUAGGGCCCUCUAAACGUUUAUCCCAUGAAGGUGGCAACAUAUCAUUUGAGAAAUCGUUUGAGAAAUCAAUUGAAAAGUGCAAAGACAAUGGUAAAGAAAAGGAUUUAAGUGAUAAAGUAAGUAGGGAAACGGAUGAUGGAAAAUGCUAUGACGAAUUUGAAAAGGAGACUCUCAAGGUGUGGGAUGAAAAUUGGCUAGAUGAAAGUAUAUGCAUAGAAUUUGUAAUAUUUUUUAUAAUUUUACAAUUCCUUAAGAUAGAUAAUGUAAAAAAAAAGUAUGAUAAAAAUUUAAAUGAAGAUUGUUGGCCUCAUUUUAUGGGUACAUCAAAAGAUAGCAAUAGUAGAAAAAAUAACAUUAACAAUAUGAGUAGUAGUGGGAGUCAAAAUGUGUGUGGUUUAUCUACAUCAGGAAAUAAUAAUUCAUUUUGUAAUUUAAAAACAAUAGUUUAUAAGUCCAAUUUAUCUGAUUUUUUUAUUAGUAGUGGUAAAAAUUAUAAGAAACUUUUAGAAACUUAUUUAAUCGCAUUCUUAUCAUGUACAGAUAUUCAAAAUAGUACAACAUUAACUGAAAUUCCAUUAUAUUUUCGAAACUACAAUUUUUUUUUAUUAGAUUUUAUUAUAGAUACAAAUGAUGAACAAAAUGUAUAUGAAAAAUAUAUAUUAAAAAAUGAUUAUAAAAUAUUAUAUAAAACAAGAAUAAUUUUAGAUUGGUUAUUAAAAAAUUUACAUAUUUGUGAAGAAUUAAAUGAAAGUAUAGAUAGUAGUGUUAGUAGUAAUGAAAUUUUAAAAGAGAGUGGUGUAGAAAAUGUUUCAAAUGUUUUAACAAAAUCAUAUAGUUAUUUUUCUGCAUCAUCAAUGAAGGUAGAUAAUAAUAUUAGACAUAGUAGUUCAUCGAAUAAUGGAUUGGAAAUUGUAAAUAAUGAUAUAUAUGAAAUAAAAAAUAUGCAAGGUAAAACAAUAUAUAUAAAAAAUAGUAAAAGUAUAAUAAAUAUAUUAAAUUGUAAAGAAUGUAAUAUAUAUAUAUUAACAUCAGUAGAAUAUUUAAAAAUAAAUUUAUGUGUAGAUAUAUAUAUUAUUUGUUUAUCUACUGAAAUGAUAACUACAUUAUUUAAUUCUCGUAAUUUAGAAAUACAUUUAGUUACAAGAAGUUUAAAAAUUGAAAAUGUAAUGGAUAGUGAUGUAUAUGUAUAUACAGAAACAAAUAUAAUAAUUUAUGGUGAUACACGAAAUAUACAGUUAGCACCUUAUAAUGUUUUAAAUAAUAAACAAAAAAUAUUCUUAGAGAAAUCUAAAAUAAUUUUUAAUGAAAAAACCUUUGAACUUUUUGCAUUCCCUUUAAAAUGCAAAACAAAUUUAGCAAGUCCCUUUCUGAAAGGGUCUAACAAUAAUAAUAAUAAUUCACUUUCAAAUUCAAUAGAUGGGCAUAAACAAAAUGAUAUUGAUAAUUAUUUAAGAGCACGUGGAAUGAAUAGUUACACAAAUCAAGAAUAUAAUAAAAUAGGAUUAGUCGAUGAAAUAAAUCGGCUUAGUAGUUCUGAUAAAAAUUUUGUAAAUUCAAAUUUGUCUGAUACUUUUACAGAUUAUGUAUAUUAUAUAUUAUGUCCAUCUAAAUUUUAUAUAAUUGAAGUUCCUAACUUAGAAAAUGAGACAGUUCAAAAUAAUGAGAGUAAAGAUAAUUAUGCUUGUUUGUAUCUUCCUGAGGUUUAUAAAAAUUCAAUUGAAAAUAAAGACAAACUAACUCUAAACUUUUUGAGUUUUAUAAACGAUAUUAAUUUAACAAAGUCACAGAAAGAGAAAGUAACCAAAAUAUUGACAUAUAAAUUAUAUGAAUAUAUUCGCAAAUCAAAGCGAAUUUCCAAAACUGUCAAUGACAUACUUGUUAGGGACAGUGAUGAUAAAGGGGAAUACUUUGGUGAAGACAGUUAA